GGAUGUUGAAUAAGUCAAUUCUAAUUUUAUUUAUCAUUAUCAUGUUUAUUUUUUAAUUAGUCAUAGUUAGUUGGAUCCUAUUUUAUAGGAUCUGGAUCCUAAAUUGUAGUGCUUCCUGGCCUAUUUAUACUUAACCAUGUAGCAAAGAAUAUGCGUGUGAGAAAUACAAUAAUCUAAUUCUCUUACUCUCUCUGUACGUUGCAAGCUGCACUUUCAAAGUUUUUUUUUCUUUCUUUUGUUCCAACAUUUUGCGCAUUGUUAAGCAUUCACUAGUAGUUAAUCCUCAAAAUAUGGCAUUGAGACCAAACCGAGUAUGUUCUCUAAUUGAGAGGUUAGAAAUUCUUGGAACCAUUAGUUUUAAAAAAAGAUAACCUUAGCUUCCACAAGCGUAACUGCAUAUCAACAAUACCAAUUAGGAUUCCCUAAAAUAUUUGGGUUUUCCUGAGAGAAAUUGGGUUUGAAAUUAGGAAAAGAUGAACACUGUCAUUUAUUAAUAAAUAUAUGUUUAAUUUGGUGGUUAAAUGUUUUCUUUGACUUAAAACCUAUUUUGUUUCUUGAUUCCAGUCUUAUCCUUAACUGAAAUUUGCCGAAAAUUAGUGUGCGCCCUUAAAUGUUUGCCGGCUAAUAUAGAAUUAGGUGGAGUUUCUUGUAGAUGUCUUGAAAUCUUAAUUAUCUUUGUUUAACAUAAUUUAUUUAUUGCAUUCAAUACUGCUGAUCUGAUGGGUAUUUUUUUCAAAUGUGUAGAAUGAAAGUGUCUGGCAGCCUCAAGGAUCCCCCUUGGAGCAUGGUGCUGAAUCCUUAACAUCCUAUAGAGCUCGGGAAACAAAAGUUGAUGGUAUCGCGGAGCAAGUUGCUAGUGUUCCCCCAUUAAACAAUCCAGACACACAUGAUGAUAAUCCCCGAAGUACAUAUUCUAAUGUAGGAACUCCUAUUCAGGGUGCAAAUUGUUGGCGGCGACAUGGAGAAUCCCGCUUGACACAUAAUACUACAUCAUAUUCAUGUGAAAGGCCGGGCAGGGAAACAUUUGCUGAUGCUAUCUCUGGGCGAUUUGCAAGUAUGACCCCGUUAGACAAUCCAUACAAGCAUGAUGUUAGUCCACAAAGUAUAUCCUCUCAAGCAAGAACUCCUAAGCAGGUGAAACCUUAUAGUGGCAUAGACCAACCAUUUUCUGCUUCUUCAUCCGGAUCUAGACACAAGGAUUCCCCAUCGUCUUGUCUGUCUGGAAAACUGCCAUCACCAGAUCACACAGGUAAUGUUGUUUUUGACAUAUGCCAUAAGAAUAACCCGAACACUUUCAAGCUACAACCCUCGCUGUUGGAGAAGAACAGAGAGAAAAGGAAAGAAACUAAGCACAGUAUGGAUGCUCAAAACAUCAAAAUCUUAGGUGAUGGUAUGCUUCUUUUAAAGAGUUUCAUCCCCUUGAUGGAUCAGGUCAGGUUAGUGAAAACUUGCCGGGAGCUGGGCAUUGGUUCCGGAGGAUUCUACCAGCCUGGCUAUAGGGAUGGAGCAAAGCUGUCCUUGAGGAUGAUGUGCCUUGGUAAACAUUGGGAUCCUGAAACCAGCAAGUACAAUGAUCAAAGGCCUAUUGAUGGUGCAAAGCCUCCAGUAGUACCCGAUGAAUUUUGCAAUUUGGUUAAAAAUGCACUAUGCCAGACCCGAUCAUAUUUGGAAAAACAAUUGAAAUAUAAAGACAUAGAUACUGUUCUUCCCUUAAUGUCACCUGAUAUCUGUAUUGUCAAUUUCUACACAGCUACUGGCCAUCUCGGUCUACAUCAGGAUAAAGAUGAAAGUCGGCAAAGUUUGGACAAAGGGCUUCCUGUGGUCUCAUUUUCCAUCGGUGAUACUGCAGAAUUUUUGUAUGGCAGCGAGAAGGACAUAGACAGGGCUAACAAAGUGUUGCUGGAGUCAGGGGAUGUGUUAAUCUUUGGUGGCAAAUCAAGGCUAAUAUAUCAUGGUGUGAGCUCCAUUAAACUAGGAACUGCUUCUAAGAAUCUAUCAGGCAAAACUAAUCUUCAACCGGGUCGUCUGAAUCUCACUCUUAGACAGUACUGAGAAUGUUAUAGGUACUCCCGUGUGUUUUCUAUGCUACAAUAGACCAUUGUGGCCCCGCCUUAUGUAACUCUGUUUUGCUUUCUACUUUUACCUUGUCUUUUAGAUAUUUUGUUUUUGACGUAAAAUCUGGGUGGAAUGCGUCUCUUUUUCAUUUUAGAUUGGAACAAAUUUUUCCAAUACUAAUUGGAGGUGUGGAGCUUUAUCUGCCUUUA